UUAUAUUUGAACUAGUAAUAUCGCGCACGUGUUUGGAAAAUGACUAAUGUGAUCGUGUGACCGGCAUCACAUCUAGGGCGGGGAGGCGAGGCCGUGGGCCCAACUAACCAGGAGCAAAGGGGUGCAACUCCCCGCUGCUUUAAAGAAAGAAAGCGCCCAAGCGCUGGUGGUAGGAGGGGCGGCUUGAGCAAGCCUACUUAGAACGGCGUGGCCUGAACCUGGGCUUUGCUCGCCUGGCGGCACGCAACCAGCCGUCGCGGGAGCCGGUGCAACGGGCUUCAGGUUCAAGGCCAAGAUGUGGGCACGGUGGAUGGUGUAUAUUGUGUUGGGUGGGACAACUUCUUCUCUGAAGUGCCCUAAUGGACAUACAUGUGAGGGCAUCUCUACUUGCUGCAAGCUGCCUGAAGGGGAUGAAUAUGCCUGCUGCAACCAGCCACAGCUCAUGAGAGCAUCACAGGGCACGCUGUAUGCAGAGAGCUCGAACAAGAUCCCUGGUGUUGUAUGUCCUGAUGGUACCACGUGUCCCGAAGAAUAUUCCUGUGUGCAUACUGAGGGCAGUUCCUUUGCCUGCUGCCCUUGGAAAGAGGCCACCUCUUGUGCUGACAAACGUCAUUGCUGCCCCUCUGGUUCCUAUUGCAGUGCUGAUGGACAAUUGUGCUUGCAGAAUGAAGUUUUAACUUCUACUAAAUUUGGUGCUGUUCAGUGCCCAGAUGGUGAAUCAGAAUGCCCAAAUGAAUCUACUUGUUGUCCGAUGGCUGAUGGAUCCUGGGGCUGCUGCCCAUUGCCUGAGGCAUCCUGCUGUUCCGACGGGAUCCACUGCUGUCCCCAUGGCAUGCGUUGUGAUCUUGUGCAUGCACAGUGCUCGGCGGCCUCCGGGAAGCAGCCUCUUCAGGAGAAGUUCCCAGCGAGGAAGCAAGCGCCAGUGGCAAGUGUUCCUCAAAGAAAUAUUUGCCCCGAUAACCAGUCGAGCUGUCUGGAAACUGCCACCUGCUGCCGACUCCCCUCCAGCCACUAUGGCUGCUGCCCCUUGCCGAAUGCUGUGUGCUGCCCCGACCACCUGCACUGCUGCCCACAGGGCACCACGUGUGACCUGACCCAUUCCACAUGCAUCAUGACCCUGCGCCAGUUGCUGCCAAUCACCCACCUCCCUGUGGAUGUGCAAACAACUCACGAGGUGCGUUGUGAUGCAGAACACUCGUGUCCGGAUGGAAACACCUGCUGCAAGAAGGCCUCAGGCACAUGGGGGUGCUGCCCCCUGCCGCAGGCUGUCUGUUGCACUGACGGCAGGCACUGCUGCCCUGAGGGCUACACCUGUAAUUCAUCCUUGGGCAUCUGCCUGAAGCCAGGACACUCCCUGCCUUGGGUUCGCAAGCUCCCCGCCAGCGGGCCGCAAAGCCGGGGCAUCCGCUGCAACGACACUGCCAGCUGCAAGGAAGGGCAGACAUGCUGCAGGGGUGUGUCAGGUGACUGGAGCUGCUGCCAGCUGCCCAAGGCUGUCUGCUGCGAGGAUCACCUGCACUGCUGCCCCUCUGGAUACACCUGCAACGUUAUGGCCCAGUCCUGUGAGAAGCAGCCGAAGCCCAAGCCCCUGGAUGCCGGGGCGCUGCUGGCCGCUUGGUUUGCUGCCGCCUCCAGCCGGGACUCGCCAUGCGGGGACCAGCACUACUGUCGUGGCGAGCAGACCUGCUGCAAGGCACACUCGGGUGGGUGGGCUUGUUGCCCCUACAGCAAGGGAACCUGCUGCCAUGACAGACGCCACUGCUGCCCACCCGGCUUCUAUUGCUCCCGCUCCGGCUUCGAGUGCUUUAGGCGGCAGCCUCUCCGCUGGGACAUCAGCAUCUUCUCCCCUUACUCUGCCCCAGCAUCACCAUUGGUCUGAAGUGCCUUCCCAGGUCGACUUGCCACACUUGGGACUGAACUGAGCUGUUCGGGGAGAAGCAGUGGGGUGGAGGUAGGGCAGGGCUACUCUGCCAGGGGCUGUUCUGCCAUGGAAGGCAUCUUGCUGUCCACCCCAUGUGGGUACAAGAGACCAUCCUUUCCUCUUCUUCAGGCAUUGCCUGCAACAACGAGUCUGUUUUCUUACCUGUUCUGCGUGACUUGCCCUCCAAAACCAGUGGGGUCCACCACUGUGCCUGCAUCCCAGAAUUUGGAAAAUCCCGAGCCUUGCUUCUCCCAGACAGAUUUCUGGGGGUCUGAUGUCUUGUUUUGCCUCUGCAGUUCCUUCAUAGUGAACGAGAAAUGGAGGUUUGUUUCUGUACACUUGUUAAGAAUUUGGUCUUGACACUGGAUUGGCAGCAGUCUUUGCUGCAUUGCUUUUCCUCCCUGUUCUGGGUCUGCUGUCCCACUGAGGCUCUUGGGGUGCUUUCUUUUGCUUCUACAUUGUCACUUCCUCUCUGCGGGCUGAAAGCCGACCCAACUUUCUCUACAGCAGUACUUGGAAAGAGCAGAGUUGCCUGUGUUCAGAAUCUUGCCCUCCAAAGCACACUAACAGCCAGGGGUCUAGUGCUGCUUCAGGAAGCAGUGCGAUUCUGGGGUAAGAUCGGUGGGGGGGCGGGGGGGCUUUCGUUCUUGUGCCCAGAUGUUGAUACGAGAAAAAUGGGGAACGGCGUGGCCUGCCUUGUGCUAUCUUUGUGCAGGGUAGGCUCAACUGGAACAUGUCUCUCCCUCUCUGCUAUUCAGAGACUUCUUUGCUACCAGCUGUGGUUUCCUCAAAUAAAGGGUUGAUUUAAAACUUGCCUGCAUGAAAUGGUGAAUAAGAAAAAAAUGGUGCUUAAUGUAAAGGUAGUGGGCCUAACAGUAGCUAAUGUUAGUUUCUAACAUGAAAAAUAAACAAGACUGGCUGGUGGUGGGUAAUAAACUUAAACAUGAAAAUAUUAAUAGAAGCUGACCAGCUUUGCAACAUUCCCCAGCCUAAUGCCUUUUAUGUGUGUUGGACUGCAAUUCCCACCAUCCAUGCUGGGGAUGGUGGGAGUUGUAGUCCAACACAUCUGAAUGGCAUUUGGGAAAGGUGGUCUAUAGGGGUGCUCAGAGAUGAUGAUUUUUUUAAAAAAAUAAGUGAAUCCGACAACUUGGUUUUCAGUCUUGAGAAUGCAAAACUGUGGUGGCAUUUUUAGCAGAUGGAGACACAGUAGGCCAAAUAACUAGUCACCAGGAUUUUUAGAAAGUUUUGCACAAAGACAGGACAUUUUAUGACCUGCCCAAACCUUGCAACAAGUGCUCAUGACAGCAACCGACUCACUGCCAGAAAUCAGAUGUGGAAACUUAUGGCUGUGUCUCUCCAGCUAUAAAAAGCAGGAAGGGGAGGCAAUUUAAGUAUCUAUUAAUAAAAUAUAUCUAUCAAA